AUGUUUGCAGUCCAGAUGGUGCCCAUGGCGUCCCCCCAAGCCCUGCUCAUCUGCCUGCUGGUCCUGGCAGUCACUGAAGGCUGGGAUCAGGAGGCAGCCAUCCCAGGUUGCCACUUGCACCCCUUCAACGUGACAGUGCGCAGUGACCGCCAAGGCACCUGCCAGGGCUCCCAUGUGGCACAGGCCUGUGUGGGCCACUGUGAAUCCAGUGCCUUCCCUUCCCGGUACUCUGUGCUGGCAGCCAGUGGCUAUCGACACAACAUCACCUCCGUCUCCCAGUGUUGCACCAUCAGCAGCCUAAAGAAGGUAAAGGUACAGCUGCAGUGUGUGGGGGACCGGAGGCGGGAGCUCGAGAUCUUCACGGCCAGGGCCUGCCAGUGUGACAUGUGUCGCCUCUCUCGCUUCUAG